GGCGUAAAUAUUAUAAAUGUGAUGUGAUCAUGCGUAUGUUGGAAUUUCCCUGUUCUUUAGACUGGAGAGCUGAGGCUGUCCUCCAGCACACAGGCUGUGGAGAGCAGAGAUGUCUUUUCUCAGGACCUUUUUAAACGACUCUCUCAUCAUUCAUCCUCCAGGAUUCUAUAUCAUCGGAUUUGAGACAUUUCCCUUCAUCAGUGUCUACUUCAUCUUUCUGGCGUUUGUUUACAUGGUGACAGUGCUCUUUAAUAGUUUGGUGAUCUGUAUAAUUGUCUUUAAUUGCUGUUUACACUCUCCAAAGUUUCUGGCUGUGGCCAACCUCGCAGUGAUUGAUGUGAUCCUGAACACAUGUACUAUUCCAGGCAUGAUAAAGAUAUUCCUGGUUAAGGAUAACUUUGUUCCAUUCAACCUGUGUUUGGUACAGAUGCACAUUUACUAUAUGUUUGUAUCAUUGGAGUCAUAUGCACUGGCUAUACUUGCCUAUGACAGGUUGAUUGCAAUAUGUUUCCCUCUGCGUCACAACUCCAUCAACACAUUGCAGAGUAUGUCCUGUAUUGUUGGCCUGUCUUGGUUGUUUGCUCUCGGAGUAACAGCCUUUGCGACAGGUAUAAUGACUCGACUGUCUUUUUGUAACUCUGUCAGGGUGUUCAGCUAUUUCUGUGACUAUGCGCCUGUGUUCAGACUGGCCUGUAAUGAUUUCACAGUGCAGUGGUCUGCAGCUUCUUCUCUCACUGUUCUGAUUCUGGUGGGACCCUGUUCUUUUAUCCUCCUGUCUUACAUCUGCAUCUUGGUGACUGUGUUCAGGAUGAAAUCUUUAGACAAUCGGGUGAAAGCUUUGGCCACUUGUGUUGAGCAUCUCAUCCUUGUUGCUGUGUUUUACAUUCCUCUCAUUACCAUUUUUACUGUCGGGUUUUAUCUGCGUGUCAUCAACGGGGACCAGCGUGUGCUGAGCCUGUCUCUGGCCUCUUGCCUCCCACCCUGCAUCAACCCUAUUGUGUAUUCUUUGAAAACUAAAGAGAUUAAAGUCAGAGCCCUGGCACUGGUCAGGAAAAAUACAAUUGGCACAGACCUACAUAAGAGCAAACCUCAGCAAGUUUGUCCACCAGGGAGCGCUGCAAGCCGCUACAGUGUGGGUCACUAUAGCAUGGGUCAUGCUGUGAGUAAAGCUCACCGGUGGGCGGAGGUCCAAACCUGCGACUCAGAUCUGACUGAGGAACAUUACCUGGGGAUGGGGCCCUUCUGUCUGGUAGGUGGCCCCUGGCGGGUGACCCAUAGUGAUCUGGUGGGCCGAGAUCACUAG